GUGGAGGACAGAGGCUUUUUUCUCUGCAAGUUUACUGUAAUUCUCUGUGUUUUGUUGGAGCCGGUCAGGAUGAGAACACUGCUGCUCAUUGUUUGUCUGCUGCCUGCGCUGGCAGUGAAAAGCCGUUCCCCAGCAGGAAGCAGCGACCUCCUGGUCUCUCUGAAAAAUGGUCCAAUCAGAGGAGAGUAUGUGAGCGUGAAAGGGACAGAAAACCGGGUGAAGCAAUACCUGGGAAUCCCCUUCGCCCGACCCCCAGUGGGGCCCCUCCGUCUGGCUGCCCCCCAGAGUGUGGAAUCCUGGGAGGCUGAGAGAGACUGCACACACCAACCACCCAUGUGCAUCCAGGAUCCGGAAGUUAUCGUGAAUGUCUCCAGGGACAUGUCCAUCAACUUCGUCCUCCCUGAGAUUUCUGAGGACUGUCUGUAUCUAAACGUGUACGCUCCAGCUGAAGCAGUGAGAGGAGACAAACUACCGGUGAUGGUGUGGAUCCACGGAGGAGGGCUGAUGAUGGGGGCAGCUUCCCAAUAUGACGGUGCCCCGUUAGCUGCGUAUGAGAACAUCGUGAUGGUGAUUAUCCAGUAUCGCCUGGGCAUUCUGGGAUUCCUGAGCACCGGAGACGAGCAUGCCCAGGGGAACUGGGGUUUACUGGAUCAGUUGGAAGCUCUAAGGUGGGUGCAGGAAAACAUCGAGGCCUUCGGAGGAGAUCCGCAGAGCGUCACCAUUGCUGGAGAAUCAGCUGGAGGCAUCAGUGCAUCCAUACUGACGUUGUCUCCACAUUCAGCAGGAUUAUUCCAGAGGGCCAUUUUUCAAAGUGGAGUCGCAACGCUCGGGACCUACACGUCCGACCAUCCUCUGACUCAGGCCAAGAUCGUGGCCAACAUCACUGGAUGUUCUGACACCAGCACCCAGGAACUGGUCCAGUGUUUCAGGGGAAAAACCAAAGACCAGUUAAUCACUGCAACUAAGAAGAUGAAGCUUUUCCUGGGAGCUGCUGUCGACGGUGACUUCCUCCCCAGCACAGCCGAGGUGCUUCUCCAGAGGAAAAAAGUGCUGAAGGUUCCGGUGAUGAUGGGAAUAACCAACCAUGAGUUUGGAUGGAUCCUGCCUCAGAGCUUCGCCCCCCCUGGUUGGGAGAAAGGCAUGAAAAGGGAGUCAGUGCUGGCUGUGAUGAACAUCUUCAACCCUGCAGGGAUCUCUGCAGCCAAUAGUUUCAUCGCAGACGAAUACCUGAAAAAUGCUUCAACUCCAGAGGAGAUCAGAGACGCCUUCACCGAAAUAAUGGGAGACCUGCUGAUGACGCUGUCUGUGGUCAAAGUAGCCGGAUACCACACAGAUGUGGGAGCUCCAGUCUACAUGUAUGAGUUUGCGUACGCUGCAGAGAUCCAUAAACACAACAGACCCAGCUUCGUGAAGGCAGACCAUGCCGACGAUGUUGGCUUCAUGUUUGGUGGAUGUUUCUUCAGCGGAGAUGUAAAAAUCACAGGCAACAUCACUGCAGAAGAUGAACGACUCUGCAGGACCAUGAUGUCCUACUGGGCCAAUUUUGUCCGUACUGGCUCUCCCAACGGGCCUGGACUGGUCAGCUGGCCUCAGUAUGACCGGCAGAAGCAGGAGUACAUGGAGCUGGGCUCGACUCAGACCGUGAAACAGAAACUGAGGAAGGACAGGGUCCAUUUUGCAACCAUCACCCUCCCUGAGAAGCUGCAGCAGCUAGCAGCUAAAGCUGGACGCUGAUCUGCACCAGCACUAAGCAUGAGUCCUGUCUGCGACCCGGUCUCUUUCAUUCUCAUCAGUCAUUCAUUCUGCUUCUUUUUCUUCUUGUAGUUCCAUGUAUGUUGAAACAUAGCUGUGAUUAAAAGAAAUCUUGUCAU